CAUGAGUCAUGACUGCUAGUCGGUAGUAAGAAUUGCAAAACCCAAAAACAAAAAACUUUCUCCCCCAAUUUUCCAAUGACCUAUUGACAAGUGACAUCACUUCCACUAAGUCACAAAGAAUUCAAUUUGACAAGCACUGAGAAACAGAGUAGACCAUUUUAUACACAACAACAACACAAAACUCACUCUGUUUUCAAACCCUGCAACAACAACAACAACAGAGUGAAGACACAAACACACCACAACAUGCUUCUUCACCUUCACAACCAUCACCACCUUGUUACCAUUUUGUUCUCUCUAUUUGGAAUCACUUCACUAUUAAGCACUUUUGCAGAAUCAGAACAACAACCCAUUUACAACUACAACUACUGCCCACAAAACACAACAUUCGAUUCCACCACCACAUUCCAAACCAACCUCCGUGUUCUUCUCUCCUCCCUCAUCGCCACCUCACAAACCUACGCCUCUUACUACUCCUCCAUAAACCCCGGCACCAAAGACGUCGCCAACGGCCAAUUCCUCUGCCGCGCCGACGUCUCCUCCGCCGUCUGUGACAACUGCAUCACCGCCGCCGCCGGAGAACUUUCGCGGCGGUGUCCUAACAAGUCCCAGUCGAUUGUAUGGUACGACGAGUGUAUGCUGGGUUACACCAAUCGGUACUACCCCUACACCGAAACCGAUCCAGGAACGACGCUGUGGGGUGAGAAGAACGUUUCUGCUUCUGAUUUGAGCAGCUUCAAUCGGACGUUGUUUGGGUUGUUGGGUGGGUUGCGUGAUCAGGCUUCGAGUUCGCCGUCGCCGACAAAAUUCGCCACCAGGGAAGCGGAUUUUGUCGGCGGCGGUGGUGGUGGUGACGGCGGAUCGUCCUCAUCGCGGCGGGUUUACGGGCUGGCGCAGUGCUUGCCGGACAUGACUGGGGAUCAGUGUGGGCAGUGUUUGCAGAAUGCGAUUGGAAAACUUGUGGGUUGUUGUGGAGGGAAACAGGGUGCUAGGGUUUUGCUUGCUUGGUGUAAUAUCAGAUAUGAAUUGUUUCAGUUUUACAAUUCAAUUGGGUCUUCUUCUUCUCCAGGAAAUAAGAAAUCUGCCUCACGAAAAAUAGGGUUGAUUGUGGUCUUGGUUGUCAUUUCAAUAAUUCUCUUAUGCUGUAUUUCCUAUUUGCUGCUGAGAAAAUCAAGGAAGAAUUAUAAGACUCUUCUAAGGGAAAACUUUGGGGAUGAAAGUGUCCUUUUGGAGUCAUUGCAAUUUAGUUUGGCCACAAUUGAAGCUGCCACAAGGAAGUUUUCAAGUGAAAACAAAAUUGGAAAAGGUGGAUUUGGAGAGGUCUACAAGGGAAUUCUUUUAGAUGGACGAGAAAUAGCUGUUAAAAGACUAUCUCAGAAGUCAGGACAAGGUGUAAUAGAAUUCAUGAAUGAGAUCAAGCUGAUAGCCAAACUUCAACACAGAAACCUUGUUAUUUUGUUAGGAUUUUGCUUGGAAGAGAAAGAGAAGAUUCUUAUUUAUGAAUUUGUGCCUAAUAAUAGCCUUGAUUACUUUCUAUUCCAUCCCAACAAGAGCAGAUUGUUGAAUUGGUUUGAGCGUUAUAGAAUUAUUGAAGGAAUUGCAAGAGGAGUUCUUUAUUUACAUGACCAUUCACGUUUGAAAGUCAUACAUCGUGAUCUUAAACCUAGUAAUGUAUUGUUAGACGACAACAUGAAUCCAAAAAUAUCUGACUUCGGCAUCGCAAGGAUUGUUGCUACAGAUGAAGAACAAGGAAGUACAAAUAGAAUUGUGGGAACAUUUGGUUAUAUGUCUCCGGAAUAUGCAAUGCAUGGACAAUUUUCAGAGAAGUCAGAUGUCUUUAGUUUCGGUGUCAUAGUUUUGGAGACAAUUAGUGCUAAAAAGAACGCACGCUCUCUGAUAUCAGAUAAUGAUGAUGACCUCUUGGGUUAUGCUUGGAGACAAUGGAGGGAUAAAACACCAUUAGAAAUAUUAGAGCAAGGUGUAAGAGAAUCUUGCAAUCACAGUGAAGUGAUUAAGUGCAUCCAAAUUGGUUUAUUAUGUGUGCAAGAGAAGCCAGAUGAUAGACCUACGAUGACGAAAGUUGUUUCAUAUCUCAGUAGCCCCUUAAUUGAGUUGCCAUUUCCAGAAGAACCAAAAAGUUAUAAGCAUAGUGGAGUUGCUCAGAAGAUGGUAGCAGGUGAGUCAACUUCAGGUUCUGUAUUAUCGAUGAAUGAAAUGUCUGUAAGUAUAUCUAUUCCUCGAUAGUGUGAUACUGUGAUCUACUUUUUUUAGCUAAUCUCUUAGAGCAUGUACAAUUUGGUAAUUAGCAGUUUUGUAUGUAAUGAUUUGACUAUUAUUAAUUGAGUGGUUGCAAUUUGAAGAAUGAAGUGGAGGCAAAACAAUUGAUUAAAAUAUCAAUGGUUGAGAUUAUAAUAA